AGCAAGCAAAAAAAUCCACUCAAUUGAAGAACACCAGAUCAUAUAAUUGCUAAUCGAUCUCUCAGUACUGAUUCAGAUUUCCUGAAUCGAAAGCAAGUAAUUUUCAAAGGAGCUUGUGCAACACAGCUUUAGGAUAAACUUUGAACUUGUCCUGGUUGUUGUCGGCAUGGAAUCCGAGUUAGUACUGCACAAUGGCGGUUGCCACUGUAAGAAAGUAAGAUGGAAAGUCCAAGCACCCACUAGUGUUAUUGCUUGGAAAUGCAACUGUUCUGACUGCUCCAUGAGAGGGAACGUUCACUUUGUUGUCCCACAUCAAAGGUGUGAGCUUUUGGGUGAUUCGGACCAGUUCAUUACUACAUACACUUUCGGAACUCACACCGCGAAACAUACAUUCUGUAAGGUUUGUGGAAUAACUUCAUUCUAUACACCACAGUCGAACCCCGAUGGCAUUGCUGUGACACGUGCAUGUUUAGACCCUGGAACGCUUUCCCAUGUCGAGAUUCGGAAUUUUGAUGGCAAGAAUUGGGAAGACUUCUGUGAUCAGAGUGGCAUUGCUUUACAAUCCAAAAUUCAAAUGGCUUUCACAAGAGAGGAUUACCAUUAAUUUGAUUGUCUUUUAAAAAUGCAGUCGUUUAGCUUCUACGUUACAUCCGAUGUGUAUUGGGGCUUCGUGGAACUGGAUGCUAUAUGUAUGGUACUUGUGUGUCUGUCUGUCUCUAUGUCUGUAUGUAUAUGUGUGUUCUAACUUUUGUUCUCUUGUUGGUAGUCAUAAAAGUUUGGUUGCAAUUGGAGUUUGCUAUGAAUAAACUCUAUGUUAUGAUUUACACAAUAUAUAUAUGGGUGGACCCUUUCUUCUUUUUCUAUAA